GACAGUGCUGAAACUCAGGUGGCUGUCAGUCCUGAUGAGAGAGGGGAGAGAGAGAGUGACAGAGAGAGGCAGACAGGGAGAGCGUGACGUUCAGCUGCCUGAAGGGAAUCCCAGUCUGGAUGAAACACGGUGUGAUCACAACAUCUGAAUUCGGGUUCUCUGUCACGAUAUGAGCUCCACGUGAAAGACACGGACAUGGACACCGCUGGGUUUCCGACGGGAGGUGGUUCUGAACUAACAGCGACCGAAUACACUUCAGAAACUGGACCAGAUCGCUGCCUCGUUUCGACGAGGAUGAACGCCACGGGACAAUAAAAGGGUUUUGUUUCAAGCGGUGGUCAUGUUUCUUCGAUGUUUCGAGAAAACAUGAAGAGAACGCGAGCGUGUGCUGCUUAAAGUUGGAAGUGCCGUUUAAAGAUAUAUUGACGCGCCGAAACACGUGUAACGUCACCAGGUGAUGUUUCGGACGAGUUCAUCGAUGCCGGAUUGUAGUUGUUUUGUAUUAAACACACGGGUAAACUGUGAAGGACGAGGACAGAAUACAGUCCUUCUAGGUGAUGGAUACAGAAUCACUGUGAGUCUUAUCGGCUUCCUAUUGCACUCAGCAGUCCUGUCAUAGGGGCCGCUGAGGGGCAGACACUUCAUGCAUUAAACUCAUACUAUGACCGACCCAAUCAUGGACUUUUUUGAUGACCCUGCUAUAUUUGGGGAAGGGCUUGACAGCCUAGUCCAGGAUGAUCCAGAAUUUCCCCCUGGGACUGUAUCCUUGGAAGAUGAACUUAACUUGGGCCCUAGCUUUGAGGAAGCAGGGUCGACUUCUGUCCUCCAGCACGGAAUACCCUACAGUCAACCUGUGGGGCAUUUUGACACCAUGAAGGCACAGACUUCAAUACCCCAAUCAUUUUCUGGUCCAGAAGGAGGUAACAGUGACGGAAGAGCAUUUCUGCCACAGCAGCAACAAUUUCAAGGGCACAAUAUGAACCAAGUACCCCAGACAAAUGGACUGUUUCUGAACAACAGCCCCAUGUGGGGAAACCAUGAUCAAAAAGGAAUUAACUAUCAUCAGCACCAUCAACAACAGCAACAUCAACACCCACAACUCAAACAGUUUCAGCAGCAACAGUUUCAGCAGCACCAAGGUCAGCAUCAGCAAUAUGCUCAGCAGCACCUUCAACAGAGACAGCAUGGCCUCGAUCAACACCCGAUGUCAAACCAGCAGCAGAUCCCCCACCAACAGAUUGCCUGUCAGGGUUUGCACCAUCUUGGGAAGACGUAUCAAGAACAUGCUGGAUUUUACUAUCAGGGCAACGUCUCUCAAAUUCAUUCCCAGCAAGGUCACCGUAACUUGCCUUACAGGGAGGGCAGUUCCUUUCACCCUGCAGUCGCCCAGAGUAGUCAUUCGCAGUCCAAACCAUUUCAAGAGGCCUCUAUGAUGCAUGUGUCAUCCCAACAGCACAGCAGGUUUCCGAUGGCCCAAGGGGUCCAGAAUUUCACUGCAAGUCCAAGGUUGGAAGACAAUGAACUGGGCUUUCCUGUGCAAUCCUCCCCUGCAACCCAUUCUUUCUCAGCUGGCUCGGUGAGCCAUGGCUCGUCUUAUCCCACUGCUCAUUACUCUCUUGCCUGCCAGCUUCCCUCUGUAGUAACUCAGUCAUACCCCUCUACUCCGGUCUCUUUGACAACUUCUUCACCUGCCAUCCCAUCAUCAGCUCCAAACUUGUUAGAUUCUGGUUGUUCUUUCCUGUCUUCUGGAAUGGAACAUAAGCAGCAAGUCCAGUUGGCUGGCAGUCCAGCACAACAGUGCCUUUUCCGUGGCAUGCAGAGCUCCAAAUCGAACCGGGAUCCCUUCAUCUCCUCUGAGUUGUUUUCUGAAGGUCUGAACUCGUUCUCUGCUGACCAUUCGUUCCCUUUGAUGGAGAGGAAGAACUGUAAUGUGGCAGUACCAUCUUCUUCGAGGCAGAAUGGAAGCAACAGGAAUGGGUUUCAGGUGGAGCAACAUGGUGGGAGGCUCGAGGACUUGGGUGAAGCACCUGACCUUUUGGAGGAUGAGUUGUUGCCCCAUCUGGAGGCACUAGAUCAAGAAGAUACCUCCAAUCACUCUUGGGUAAAUGCAGGAUUAGGAAAUGAACAACAAGAGGAAGACAGAGUUGAAGCGAAGGGGGAGGUGGAUGGACAUGAUGUGCCAAUAGGUCACAAUUCACAGCCUCCUAAGAACACUAAUGGUCCUAGCAGCCAAGUGCGGGUACUGAGCCCACCGGUGAAGAGUAACUCUUCUUCCUCGUCGUCCUCCUCGUACACAUCCGCGUCAGAGAAACGGGUGCACAAGCGACAGCAGCAGCAGGAGCAGAUGGAGUCGCCCCUUUCAGGCGAUAAACAACUGAAGGCCAAUCAAAUCAUCUCUGAGGCCAUUGCUAAAGCGAGGGAGAGAGGAGAGAAAAAUAUCCCACGUGUCAUGAGUCCCGAGAGCUUCCCGUCAUCGUCACAGCACCGCAGCCACAAGGCGGGCGGCUCCAAGUCCAAAGGCAAGAAUAAGAGUUCCAAGAGCGCACGGAUUGUGGCAACCUCCAAGCCCAAACAAAAGACUCAGAUUGGGAAAAUCGUUAUAAAGUUUGGAAAGAGGAAACGGAAGAAGGCAGAAUCCUCAGAAGAUCUGUCAGAUGAUGAUGACAGACCACCCCGGCGGUCUUCUAAAGACGAUGAUUCGAAGCGGCGUUCUAACCGGAAGAUCAAGAGGAAGAAGUAUGAGGAAGAUGGGGAGGCCCGACUGUCUGAUGAAGAAAUGAAGGUCAUCGUCAAAGCCAAGAAGAGUAGCUCCAAUGCUCACAAAAACCCUGCAGUGCAACUCUUUGUGGAGAACCCAAGUGAGGAAGAUGCAGCUGUGGUUGACAAAAUCAUGGCAUCUCGCUUGGUGAAGAAAGAGGUUUCUCCUGGAGUGGUAGUGGAGGUUGAGGAGUACUACGUCAAAUACAAGAACUACUCGUAUCUUCACUGUGAGUGGGCGACGGAGCAACAUUUAGUGAAAGACAAGAGGAUCCAGCAGAAAAUCAAGCGCUUCAAGAUCAAACAGGCACAAAAGGCACACUUCUUUGCCGAUAUGGAGGAGGACCCAUUCAAUCCUGACUAUGUGGAAGUGGACAGAGUGCUGGAGGUCUCGUACUGUCAGGACAAGGACUCCGGAGAGCCGGUGGUGUAUUAUCUCGUGAAGUGGUGCUCGCUGCCGUACGAGGACAGCACAUGGGAGCUGAACGAAGAUGUGGACCAGACUAAGAUCGAGGAGUUUAAGCAGCUACAGGCAGUAAAACCAAACACCAACAGAUUGGAACGUCCUCCGGCGAGUCACUGGAAGAAGCGGGAGCAAUCGCGAGAGUAUUGUAAUGGAAACUGUCUCAGGGAUUAUCAGUUGGAGGGUGUCAACUGGCUCCUCUUCAACUGGUAUAACAGGCGUAACUGUAUUCUGGCUGAUGAGAUGGGUCUGGGUAAAACCAUCCAGUCCAUCACAUUUCUGGAUGAGAUCUGUCGCACAGGGAUCAAGGGGCCGUUUCUCAUCAUCGCCCCUCUCUCCACCAUCACUAACUGGGAGAGGGAGUUCAGAACUUGGACGAACCUCAAUGUCAUUGUGUACCACGGCAGUGUGGUCAGCAGGCAGAUGCUCCAGCAGUAUGAGAUGUACUUCAGAGAUGCUCAGGGUCGUGUGAUAAAAGGUGCUUACCGGUUUCAAGCUGUCAUUAUCACAUUUGAGAUGAUUUUGGGAGGCUGUCCAGAACUGAACGCAAUUGACUGGCGAUGUGUCAUCAUUGAUGAAGCCCAUCGGCUCAAAAACAAGAACUGCAAGCUACUGGAAGGCUUCAAGCUUAUGAGUCUGGAACACAAGGUGUUGUUGACGGGAACCCCCCUACAGAACACGGUGGAGGAACUCUUCAGUCUGCUGCACUUCCUGGAGCCAACCCGCUUUCCCUCUGAAAACACAUUUAUGCAGGAAUUUGGAGACCUCAAGACCGAGGAGCAGGUCCAGAAACUCCAGGCCAUCCUGAAGCCGAUGAUGCUGCGUCGUCUUAAGGAAGACGUUGAAAAAAAGUUGGCCCCGAAAGAAGAGACCAUCAUCGAAGUGGAGCUCACCAACAUCCAGAAGAAAUACUACCGCGCCAUUCUGGAGAAAAACUUCUCAUUCCUGGCUAAAGGCGUUGGCCAAGCCAACGUUCCCAACCUGCUCAACACCAUGAUGGAACUACGAAAAUGCUGCAACCAUCCCUACCUCAUCAAAGGGGCUGAAGAAAAGAUCUUGGAAGACUUCAAGGAGGUGUACAGCCCAACAGCUGUAGAAUUCCACCUGCAGGCUAUGAUUCAGUCCGCAGGUAAACUGGUUCUCAUCGACAAGCUGCUGCCUAAGAUGAAGGCAGGUGGACACAAAGUUCUCAUCUUCUCCCAGAUGGUGCGCUGCCUCGAUAUCCUGGAAGACUACCUCAUCCAGAGAAGAUACCUCUAUGAGCGGAUAGACGGUCGGGUACGUGGGAACCUUCGUCAAGCAGCAAUAGACCGCUUCAGUAAACCUGACUCGGAUCGAUUCGUCUUCCUGCUGUGCACACGAGCAGGUGGGCUCGGAAUUAACCUCACAGCUGCCGACACCUGUAUCAUCUUUGACUCGGACUGGAACCCACAGAACGACCUGCAGGCUCAGGCUCGGUGCCACCGGAUUGGUCAAGAUAAAGCGGUGAAGGUAUAUCGACUGAUCACUCGUAACUCCUACGAGCGAGAGAUGUUCGAUAGAGCCAGCCUUAAGCUGGGAUUGGAUAAAGCCGUGCUCCAGAGCAUGAGUGGGCGGGACAACAGUCUAGGAGGAGGAGGUGGAGGGCAGAUGCAACAGCAGCUCUCCAAAAAGGAGAUCGAGGACCUUUUGCGACGCGGAGCCUACGGUGCCAUCAUGGAUGAAGAAGAUGAAGGGGCGAAAUUUUGUGAAGAAGACAUUGACCAAAUCCUGCAGCGCAGAACCAAGACCAUCACCAUUGAAUCUGAGGGACGGGGCUCCACCUUUGCCAAGGCCAGUUUUGUAGCUUCAGGGAACAGAACGGACAUCUCUCUGGAUGACCCCAACUUCUGGGACAAGUGGGCUAAGAAAGCAGAGAUUGACAUGGAAACAGUUAAUGGAAGAAACAGUCUGGUGAUCGACACCCCUCGAGUCAGGAAACAGACCCGGCCGUUCAGCGCCACUAAGGACGAGCUGGCUGAGCUGUCUGAAGGAGACAGCAGUGGAGAUGACAAGCCCAAGGCCCGCCGGCCGCAUGACCGCCUCAACAGCUAUGGCCGCACAGAGUGCUUCAGGGUGGAGAAAAAUCUGCUGGUGUACGGUUGGGGUCGCUGGAAGGACAUCUUGGCGCACGGCCGCUUUAAACGUCCGCUGAGCGAUCGUGACGUGGAGUGCAUAUGCAGAGCGCUCUUAGCAUACUGCCUCGUUCAUUACCGCGGGGAUGACAAAAUCAAGAGCUUCAUGUGGGAUCUGAUCGCUCCCACGGAGGACGGCAGGACCAAGGAACUUCAAAACCAUCUGGGUCUGUCGACUCCAGUACCGCGAGGCAGAAAAGGAAAGAAGAUGAAGACUCAGUCCAGCUCGUUUGAUAUUCAGAAGGCAGAGUGGAUCCGAAAACACAACCCAGAGCACAUGCUGUCUGACGACGGGUACAAGAAACAUCUGAAACACCACUGCAACAAGGUGCUGUUGAGGGUCAGAAUGCUGUACUAUCUCAAACAGGAGAUGAUCGGAGUGCAGUGCCAAAAAGUGCUGGAUGGAGCAGAUGCCAGGGAGGUGGAAUUCUGGGUGCCUGAGGUGGAUCAUUCAGAGAUGCCUGCUCUGUGGUGGGACUCUCUCUCAGAUAAAUGUCUGCUGUUUGGAGUUUAUAAGCAUGGUUAUGAGAAGUACAAUACUAUUCGCGCGGAUCCAGCACUGUGUUUCUUAGAAAGGGUCGGGCGGCCAGAUGAGAAGGCCAUCGCUGCUGAACAGAGAGGAAAUGACUUCAUGGAUGGGGAUGUGGACGACCCAGAGUACAAGCCCGCCCCAGCCUUGCUAAAGGAUGAUAUGGAGGAUGACGCUUCUUCUCCUGGAGACUUGGUCAUCACUGAUGCAGGUGGAGAAGGAGGUUCUGUAUUAGAUGGAGGAGGUGGGAAUUCGGGUGCCGGCAUGGGGAUCUACUGGCCCUCGCCUUCCGCACUGACCGCCCGACUCCGCCGCCUGAUCACUGCAUCUCAGCGCUUCACCAAGAGCAGACAGAUACUUCAGAUCCACCAGACACAGCAGCCGACCAUGACCCCUGCUAUCUACACCAUGCCCCCGAUGAUCAGCGACACACUCAAUCCCAAAAUGGCGGCUAAAAUUGAAAGACAACAGCGUUGGACACGGAGGGAGGAGGCAGAUUUCUACCGUGUGGUUUCGACGUUUGGAGUAGUGUUCGAUCCAGAUUUGGGCUGUUUCGACUGGACCAAGUUCAGAGCCAUGGCUCGACUCCACAAGAAAACCGAUGAGAGUCUACACAAGUACCUGUGUGCCUUUAUCGCCAUGUGCAGGAGGGUCUGCCGCCUCCCGGCUAGAGAAGGAGAAACAGUGGACUCCUCUCUUGCUAUUCAGCCAAUCACAGAAGAGCGCGCAUCCCGAACGUUAUACCGCGUGGAGCUGUUACGGAAGAUAAGAGAACAGGUGUUGCGUCACCCUCAGCUCUAUGAGCAUUUAGCCCUGUGUCAGCCGGGUCCAGAUCUUCCAGUGUGGUGGGAACCAGGAUCCCACGAUCGGGAUCUUCUCCUUGGAGCGGCCAAGCAUGGGGUCAGCCGAACAGACUACCACAUCCUCCGUGACCCGGAGCUGUGCUUCGCCACCGCCCAGAGGAACUACAGCCAGAAGAAGGGUAAUGUGGCUCCGUCCCAAACCCAGAAUCAGGCUCUUUCACUGGGGCAGACUCAUGUCCCAAGCCCUCUCCAACACAUUCAGCCUAAAGGGGAGACUUCUGCAUCCCCUCUCACUUUCCCAAGAGAGGAUUCAAGCGAGCUGAAGGAGGAGCCGCUGUCGGUGGGAGAGCAGGAAAGAGGCGACAGAGAGAUGCCUCCGGUCAGACCUCCCACACCCUCAGGAGUGGAGAUGAAAGAGGAAGUGCACAAAGAAGGAGAGGGCGAGAGUCGAAUGGUGGCAGCCAGAACUAAACCUCUCACGCCAAACUCAGCCACUCGAAAGCAGAAGAAGCUGAGCAAACGCAGUCGCAGGGAAGCCAGGAGGGGGUCGAGAUCAGACUCUGAUUCCGAUGGCUCCUCCAGUUCUUCGUCGAGCUCCUCGUCAAGAUCAUCUUCCUCAUCAUCGUCUUCAUCACGGUCGGGAUCCAGUUCCUCAUCCUCGUCUUCCUCCUGUUCCUCAGGGUCGUCAUCUUCAUCGUCCUCAUCAUCGUCGUCCUCAGAGGACAGUGAUAGUGAAGAGGUAGCAAAGAACGCGUCAGCAGUGUCUGGUGUUAAAGGCUUUGAUGAAGACAGUGUGGCCUCAGUCAACGCUACACAAGAUGACAUGCAAGACAGUCAGAUGACCAACGGUAUCACCAACCCCCCCCACCCUUUCCAAGGUGGAUAUAUGCUCGCUGCUUCCUACUGGCCAAAGGAUCGCGUCAUGAUAAAUCGAUUGGACUGCAUAUGUCAGGCGGUAUUGAAGGGCAAGUGGCCAACGGUUCGACGUGCGUAUGAAGGCAAUGCAGUGACUUCUUUCUACACCACUAAACUCCUGGACAGCGCGGGGACUCUUGUGGAUGAUCCGUCAGCCUCCCCUCAGGGUUCAAAGGUGAAGAAGCAUGUUGCAGACAGAGAAAAGGAGUUCUCAGUCAAAAUCAAGAACCAGGAAGGCAGCCUUAAACUGACUUUCCAGAAGCAGGGCUUGCCUCUGAAGCGCCCCCUGGAGCCUGAGGAGGGACCUCUCGCACAGCAGCAGUACCUGGCCCGGCUACAAGAACUACAGAACGCAUCGGAGACCAGCCUGGCAGACUACACCAAAACACAGAACAACUAUCCACAGGGGCUGUCGGGGCAGAUGCAUCUGAAUGGAAUGAUGGAUGGACAGCCUGUUGUAAAAAAGAAAAGAGGAAGGCGGAAGAACGUGGAGGGCAUGGACCUGUUGUUCAUGAACAAAAACAGAGCUCCCAUGAUGCCAGAGCAGGUUCCUGCCGGCUGGAGUGGGGGUGUCCCUAGUGCAUCCGCUCCCCCUAGUUCGAGCACACCUCAGGGACCUGGUCCUCUAGACACAGAGAGCCGUGUUCCCGUUAUCAGCCUCAAAGACGGAACUCGAUUGGCUGGAGAAGACGCUCCUAAACGGAAAGAUCUCGACCAGUGGCUGAAGGAGCACCCAGGCUUUGUGGCAGAUGUGGGAGCCUUUAUCCCUAGUGCUAAUAAGCUGCAGUUUCAAGAUGGUCGACCAAAACAAAAGAGACAUCGCUGCAGAAACCCUAACAAAAUUGACAUCAACAGCCUGACAGGAGAAGAACGAGUCCAGAUCAUCAAUAGGCGAAACGCUCGCAAGAUUGGUGGUGCAUUUGCUCCUCCUCUGAAAGAUUUAUGUCGGUUCCUGCAAGAGAAUUCGGAGUAUGGUGUCCCACCUGAGUGGGCUGACGUUGUGAAACAGUCUGGUUACCUUCCCGAAAGUAUGUUUGACCGCAUCCUGACAGGCCCCAUCGUUCCUGAAGAGGUGAGCCGACGAGGUCGACGUCCCAAAAAUGCUCUUGCUAAAGCGGCCGUAGCGGCUAACGCAAGUGCCAAUGCAGCCCUGGGCCUCAACCCUCUCCUGAGCAACGGACUCCUCGCCGGGUUGGAUCUGCCCAGUCUUCAAGCUCUUCAGCACAACCUUCACAAUCUCCAGUCUCUCCAGCUCACCACCGGCCUCAUGGGACUGCCCAAUGACCCCGCCAACAUGGCAGCAAUGUUUCCAAUGAUGCUGUCUGGAAUGCCUGGCCUUCUAGGGAUGAGCGGUCUCCUUGGAAAAGCUUCACAGGAAGCGGCGGGUGUUCCCUCAACAGGAGACGAAGAGGGGAAAAAGAAGAGCAGUAGAGACUCGGCCACACCAAAAGGUUCGACUUCAAGUCCGGACGGCAAAGCGGAAAGGACAGAGGGUCAAAGUUCCAAAGCCAGCACGUCUACGGCAAGCAACUCGAAUCAAACAAGUGCUUCUGCUUCAGGCCAAUCGCUGGGCCUCAACCCCCUACUCUUCUCUAGUGUGCUCUACCCAGGGAUGCUUCUUACUCCAGGCCUUAACCUGCCUGUGGCCAGUCAGCCGCAAGCCGCAAACACUCAGCCAACCCCACCACCACAACCCGCUGCCUCUGAAGCCACGCCCCAACAGCCUGGCCUAUCAGAGGAGAAAGACAGCGAUGAGGGGGAGGAUCCUGACGAAAAGGAGAACUGUGGUCCAGAAGGUUCAGCGAAGGCAGCGUCGUCGUCUUCAGAAUCGAACAGCUCCUCCUCAUCUUCAGGCGAUUCUGAUUCCAGCGAUGAAGACUGAGUCUUUAUACAUGUAUAAAUAAAUAUUAUAUAUUUAUAUACAUCUCUUAGAAAUGUAUACAUAUAAACACACAUAGGAAUUAUCCUGCAUUUACUACAUCAUGUCUUUUUUGUUCCAUGUAAAUAUCAUAACUAAAGUGUUGUGUAAUGAAGAGGGAAAAAAUGGAGAUCCUAGAAAAACUGAAAUGAGAUUUCAGCGUUCAUUUAGGUACAACGUUGUUCGAAGAGACAUUUUGCAUGUCGAAAAACUAAGUAGAUCUACGGACUUUGUGAACUUGUAUUACACGAUGAUGUACAAUUGCGACAGACAAGAAGCAAAAACAAAAAGGCAUUAUUGUUCUAGCUAUGUCGUGGUUUAAUUUUAUUCAAGAGAUGAGGACGUUGUUGCUCAUGCAGAGCUGUAUAAUUAAUAUAUUUUAUUUGGGAGAAAGAACACGACUGUUUUGGGAUUUAUUUGUAAAUACUUUAAGCAGGAUCCUGAACACAUAGACUUCACAGAGCAUACCUUCAGAUCCACAGCAAUAACACACAGGCAGCUUAUGAAUGUCACUGAAAGCUGUAGAGACCCUGCAUUCAACAUCACAACAACCCACAUUUAUUUACUUACUUUACUUUCUUUCUUUUUUCCUCUUAAAUCUCAAUCUCAGCUAUUUUACCCAAAGAUUUGAGUUUUAUCAGAAACCCAUGAAUCCAUCUUGCAAGCACACAGUCACAUAUACUGUACAGUCUUAAGAUAUUCAGUGAAAACAUUAUUUUGCUGUGUUUAGGGACAGAAACACAUUGCUUGCAGUGCCUGAAACCUACAUGUGUCUGUGUGUGUACAUAUAUGUUUAGAACAAACAUAAUAUUUAUAAGUCAACAUCCUUCACACUGUGUGUGUGUUUGUACAUUCAGAACAAACAUUCUUUUAUAGUUCAGACAGCACUGUGUGUAUGUGUGAUGUUCUCUCUGAAAACCGUUGCCUCAAUUUGUUUGAAAAUCUAUGUGUCCAAGGUCCUGUCACCCUAAUAUUUAACCUUCUUUAUAAUUUCACAAACAACAGUGCAAAUUCCCUUUUUUUCCCUUCAUUUCCAGAGACUGCUCCAGUAUUGUCAUGUUAUUAUUCCUCACAGCGACCUGUCGGGGUCUCAUCACACUAACACCGCACAAGUGUAUUGAACAGAAUUCAAGUAUUUCCAGUAGUAUUUCAAGUCAAAUGGUUUCUUUAUCAGAUCCUCUAGUGUAAUAAAGGUCAAAAUCCCAGGUUUCUCUAGUUUGCAGAUCCACAUAGCCGCCUUGCUGCUGUUAGAUGUAAAUGAUCUAGAAGUGUCCUUACGCCAUACUUCCGUGUCUAAUCCUCACUGCUCUGUGAUUAAAUCCAGCACCUCGGUCAACGCAAUGAACCUCAUUGGCAUUUUGAAUCAGGAUGUGUAUGACAUUUGUGUUUCCGUCACGUGUGCUGAUGCGCGCUUGUUCUAGACUGUUAGGAUCAUCGUUUAGGAUAGGAGAUUUUAAUGCGUUUAGUCUCUUGCCUCACGUUUGUUCACAUUCAGGUUGGCUACUGAAAUUUUCCAUUUGUAAUGCAACUUUCUUCUGGAUGCACUGCACAAUGCAACUCUUUGCCUGUCUCACUAGUGAACACCGUUAUAUGGGUAUUUCUGAGCAUGUAUCAUUUGGUUUCAUAGACGCCCUCAAUUCUUCUCACACAAUGUGUUUUUAGUCGUCUUCUCUUCACUGUGGCAUCAGUACAUUCUGUGUCUGUAGUUCGUGCUGAGCCGCGCACUUUGAAACUGUGUUCAGGUAUUGCUGCUUUCCACUUCUUCCCAAAACCGUUCCUCUUAUGUUGACAUCAGCAUGGAUAGCAUCUCAUUUAAUGGAAUUAUGUUUAAAGAUGAAUCGCAGGACUGACAGAGAAUUUUUAAUAUUUUUGUCAUGUGUUCAUUAUUUCUAUACUAUGGUUGUAUUUAAUGUUUCAUUUAUGAGGAUUGAAACGCUGGACUACUUACCAGAAUCAGGGCGAGAUUUGCCAUCAUGGCACAAUAACAUCAUCAUACAACAUAAAGCGAAAUAUAAACACACUACUGCAAAUAAACAUUUCUAUUCCAUUAUGUGAAACAUUGCUCUGACAGAUAGACUCAUUCGUUUUCGUGACUUGUUUCAUUUCAUACUUUCGAUAUUUUAAGAUUAAAGCCCUUUUUGUGUUUUGGACGGUUGCAAUACUUGCAAGUUGUGGCCUGUGUAGUCAAUUAACGCUUCUUUUAGUGCAGGAUAUAUGUCUUAAAAAGUUUGUAAUUUAUUGAAUUCCUUUCUAUGAAGUUCUAUAGAAGAAAUUGAGGUUUAAUUAUUUUUAUUAAACAUAUUCUGACUCUACAGAAAAAUCUUGUCUCAUGUCAAAUUUGUCAAAUGUAUUUGUUUUGAGCUGAAGCAGCAGUUAUUAAAAUGUAAAAAGGAA